UCCUGCGGCACGUAGCGGAGGUGGCGUCCAAAGUGAAGGAUAUUAUCGGGAACCUGAUCACGACUGCAGGGAAGGUGGUGGUCACCAUCCUGCUGGGCAUGACAGGUAUCAUGCUGCCCUCGUUGACUUCGGCUGUUUACUUCUUCAUCUUCCUCUUCCUCUGCACCUGGUGGUCUCUCUGCCGGACCUUCGACACGCUCAUCUUCAGCUGCAUGUGCGUCCUCAUGGCCAUCUUCAGCGCCGGACACAUCAUCGUCCUCUACCUCUACCAGUUCCAGUUCUUCCAGGAGUCCAUCCCUGCAGACGAUGUGACCGUAGUAUUUGGCAUCUCCCCCAUUAUCCAGAGCAACUGCUCCCACACGUGGAAGCUCAUCGUGCACCCGGAGCGUCAGUGGUUCCACUUUGUGAAUCCCAUCAUGCUGCUGCUGCUCUACUACACGCUGGCCACGCUCAUCCGCCUCUGGCUGCAGGAGCCCAUCGACCAGCUGACG